AUGACGUUGUCCUCGACGAACGCGUUAUCGUUCUUGUCGAAAGGAUGGAGGGAGGUAUGGGACUCAGCUGAUGCGGAUUUGCAGUUGAUGCGUGAUCGAGCUAACUCUGUUAAGAAUCUAGCAUCGACUUUCGACCGUGAGAUCGAGAAUUUCCUCAAUAAUUCGGCGAGGUCUGCGUUCUCCGUUGGGUCUCCAUCGGCGUCGUCUUUCUCUAACGAAAUUGGAAUCAUGAAGAAGCUUCAGCCUAAGAUAUCGGAGUUUCGUAGGGUUUAUUCGGCGCCGGAGAUUAGCCGUAAGGUUAUGGAGAGGUGGGGACCGGCGAGGGCGAAGCUAGGGAUCGAUUUAUCGGCGAUUAAGAACGCGAUUGUGUCUGAGAUGGAUCUGGAUGAGCGUCAGGGAGUUUUAGAGAUGGGUAGGAUGAGGAGACGGCGGAAUCGUGAUAGAGUUAGGUUUACGGAGUUUCAUGGGGAGAGUGAGAGUGAAGGAGAAGCUAAUUUCGGAGAUUGGGAACCGAUUAGGUCUUUGAAGACUAGAUUUAAAGAGUUUGAGAAACGAAGCUCAUUAGAGAUAUUGAGUGGAUUCAAGAACAGUGAAUUUGUGGAGAAGCUCAAAACCAGCUUUAAAUCAAUUUACAAAGAAACUGAUGAGGCCAAGGAUGUGCCCCCAUUGGAUGUACCUGAACUUUUGGCAUGUUUGGUUAGGCAGUCCGAACCUUUUCUUGAUCAGAUUGGCGUAAGAAAGGAUCUGUGCAACCGAAUAGUAGAAAACCUUUGCAAAUGCAAGAGCCAACACCUUUGGCGUCUGCCGUCUGCACAAGCAUCUGAUUUAAUCGAAAAUGAUAACCAUGUUGAUGAUUUGGAUAUGAGGAUAGCCAGUGUUCUUCAGAGCACAGGACACCACUAUGAUGGUGGCUUUUGGACUGAUUUUCUGAAGCCUGAUACGUCAGAAAGCAAAAGGCACGUGGCAAUAGUUACAACAGCUAGUCUCCCUUGGAUGACCGGAACAGCUGUAAAUCCGCUAUUCCGAGCUGCCUAUUUGGCAAAAUCUGCAAAGCAGAGUGUUACACUUUUGGUUCCUUGGCUUUGUGAAUCUGAUCAAGAACUAGUUUAUCCAAACAAGCUCACCUUCAGUUCACCUGAAGAACAAGAGAGUUAUAUACGUAAAUGGUUGGAGGAGAGGAUUGGUUUCAAGGCUGAUUUUAAAAUCUCCUUUUACCCUGGAAAGUUUUCAAAGGAAAGGCGUAGCAUAUUUCCCGCUGGUGACACUUCUCAAUUUAUACCGUCAAAAGAUGCAGACAUUGCUAUACUUGAGGAACCUGAACAUCUCAACUGGUAUCAUCACGGCAAGCGUUGGACUGAUAAAUUCAACCAUGUUGUUGGAAUUGUCCACACAAACUACUUAGAGUACAUCAAGAGGGAGAAGAAUGGAGCUCUUCAAGCAUUUUUUGUGAACCAUGUAAACAAUUGGGUCACUCGAGCGUAUUGUGACAAGGUUCUUCGUCUCUCUGCGGCAACGCAAGAUUUACCAAAAUCUGUUGUAUGCAAUGUCCAUGGUGUCAAUCCCAAGUUCCUUACGAUUGGCGAGAAAAUUGCUGAAGAGAGAUCCCGUGGGGAACAAGCUUUCUCAAAAGGCGCAUACUUCUUAGGAAAGAUGGUGUGGGCUAAAGGAUACAGAGAACUAAUAGAUCUGAUGGCUAAACAUAAUAGCGACCUCGGGAGCUUCAAUUUAGAUGUGUAUGGAAACGGUGAGGAUGCAGUCGAGGUCCAACGUGCAGCACAGAAACUCGAUUUGAAUCUCAAUUUCCUCAAAGGAAGGGACCAUGCCGACGAUUCUCUUCACAGGUACAAAGUGUUCAUAAACCCGAGCAUCAGCGAUGUUUUAUGCACAGCAACCGCAGAAGCACUAGCCAUGGGGAAAUUCGUGGUGUGUGCAGAUCAUCCCUCAAACGAGUUCUUCAGAUCAUUCCCAAACUGUCUAACUUACAAAACACCCGAAGACUUUGUGUCCAAAGUGAAAGAAGCAAUGUCUAAAGAGCCGUUACCGCUCACUACAGAGCAAAUGUACAAUCUUUCUUGGGAAGCAGCGACGCAGAGAUUCAUGGAGUAUUCGGAUCUCGAUAAGAUAUUAAAUGAUGGAGACGGAGGAAGAAGAAGAAGGAUGAGAAAAUCAAGAUCGGUUCCAAGCUUAAACGAGGUAAUCGAUGGAGGAUUGGCAUUCACACACUAUGUUCUAACGGGGAACGAUUUCUUGAGGCUAUGCACAGGAGCAACACCAAGAACAAAAGACUAUGAUAAGCAACACUGCAAGGAUCUGAAUCUUGUUCCACCUCAAGUUCACAAGCCAAUCUUCGGCUGGUAG